AUGGCGGCAAACGAAUAUUACUCUGGCAGCUACAGUGCUGGCGACCCUAACAACCGCACCAACUAUAGCGACAACAACAUUUACCCUCAGCCUCCCGGCGCAUCUUCUUCGACGGGCCUCGCUCCAUCUCCGCACCCAUACCUCCCCUUUGACACCGUCUUUGACGAUAAUGCCUAUCCGAUGAACAACAACUACAGCAAUUCGAGCACCAACUUUGGUACUUACCACAGCGGUAGCAUGAACCUGCCUCAGCAGCAGGACACGGCUUAUUACGGCCCCGGCCGCACCUCACCCGACACCGGUCGAACUGAGGACAUUCCCCUCCAGAACAGACCGCACAAAGACGUUGAAUUCGGAAACGACCACGUCUACGAUGCUCCCGAUUCUGGCCGCCCGACGCCUACGCAGAAGAAGAAGAAGAGGGGACAGGUCCGCCUCGGCCAGCUUGGCAUGUUCGGCGCUGAUCGCAAACGGAUCCCGUGGGUUGUAUACACUUUUACUUUGGUCCAGCUCGCCGUCUUCAUUGGUGAGAUUGCACGCAAUGUGAUCGGCUGGCCUUGUCCUAGCUCUACCGAUGAGACGAGCACGUGUACGCUCUCCGAUUUAUGCGGCUUUGGCGGCGUUCCCGAACCCGACUACAAUGGUAACAAGGACCAGAGCCCCGAGCCGAACCAGUGGUUCCGUUUCAUUACGCCCAUUUUCAUGCAUGCAGGACUCAUCCACAUUGGGUUCAACAUGCUUCUUCAGAUGACUAUUGGCAAAGAAAUGGAAAAGGCGAUUGGUUCUUUGCGGUUCGUCCUCGUGUAUAUGAGUGCCGGCAUCUUUGGUUGUGUUAUGGGCGGAAACUACGCAGCGGAGGGACUGCCAUCCACUGGUGCGUCUGGUGCGCUCUUUGGCGUCAUCGCCCUCCUUCUUCUCGACCUGUUGUACUCUUGGCAAGAGCGCCGAAACCCUGUCAAGGAUCUCUUGUUUGUCCUCCUCGAUGUUGUCAUAUCCUUCGUUCUUGGCCUUCUGCCUGGCCUGGACAAUUUUGCCCAUAUUGGCGGUUUCGUCAUGGGACUGGGUCUUGGCAUUUGUGUGCUUCAUUCACCCAACGCCCUGCGACGCCGCCUGGGCCAAGAAACCUCCUACAGCGCGGUCCGUGACGGUGCCGUUGAAGGACCUUCUUUCUUCAAGAGCCCCGCAGCUUUUUUCAAAGGGCGCAAACCCUUGUGGUGGGCUUGGUGGAUGGUACGUGCCGCCUGUCUGAUCAGUGUGACGGUUGCCUUCAUCGUCCUCCUCAACAACUUUUAUGUCUACCGCAACACUUGCAGCUGGUGCAAGUUCUUGAGCUGCUUGGGCGCCACUGCAGAUGUUAUCUCGCUACCCCAAAAGCGAGUGUUGGCUGAUACGACCAACUCGAAGCAAAACAUACCCUCUACGCCAACGUCGGCGAAGAAGCGCCGCGUCGAGCCACCCUCGUCGUCGCAACUACGGCCCCCGGGGUCCCAGGGCGACCCGCGGUCGAAGCUGAGCUCUAGCCAGGUCAAGAGCGUUUUCGAGUCGGACGUGCUUGAGAAGUUGUCGCAGGACGUAUCGGAGCUCAAGAGCCACAAUGCUGAGAAGGACCAGGUCUGGGAGCGGCCGCCCCUCGACGGCUUUGUACCCUCGCGAGACAGUCUCUGCUUCCAGUCCAUUGACGCCGAGGAGGGAUACCUUAGCGGUGGCCGCCCGACGGUGAAGCUCUUUGGCGUCACGGAAAAGGGUAAUUCGGUCAUGCUCCACGUCACCGACUUCAAGCAUUACCUCUUCGUCGCCGCGCCCGUUUCCUUCCAGCCCAGUGACUGCGAUGCGUACAUGGCCUUCCUCGACUCCGUGGUCGAGUGUGACGAGCCAUGUAUUCACUCCGUCAACCUCGUCAUGCGUAUAGAUAUUUACGAGUACCGGGGCAACAUCGAGAGCCCCUAUAUCAAGAUUACCCUCAAAGAUCCUAGGCUUGCAGCCAAAGUUCGCUCAGCCAUUGAGUCGGACGUACGACAAUAUCCAGUUCAAGGUAUGGCCUGGGUCGAAGCACCCGCCGGCAAGUAUAAAAUGAUCUCACAGACUUGGAAACAAUCCAACUAUUGCCCCCUCCGCAUCAUGUCCUUUGAUAUCGAGUGUGCGGGCCGCAAGGGUAUUUUCCCCGAACCUGAACACGACCCCAUCAUCCAGAUUGCUGCUAUUGUCACGCGAUACGGAGAGAGCAAGCCGUUUGUCCGCAACGUCUUCUGCCUAGAUUCGACGAGUUCGAUCGUCGCCACGCAGGUUCUUGAGUUUAAGAAGGAGUCAGACAUGCUCCGAGAGUGGCAGCGCUUCCUCGUGGCUGUGGAUCCAGACAUCAUCACGGGCUACAACAUUGCAAACUUCGAUUUCCCUUACCUACUCGGGCGGGCGGACCACCUCAGCGUACCCCGUUUUCAGCACUGGUCUAGGCUCCCAAACAUACCAAGCAAGGUCAGGGAUUCCAAGUUCUCGAGCAAGCAGAUGGGCAAUAGAGACUCCAAGUCGGUCAACAUCAACGGCCGGCUGCAACUCGACCUUCUUCAACUCAUCCAGCGGGAUCACCAACUGCGCAGCUAUACGCUUAACUCUGUCUCCGCCCAUUUCCUGGGCGAGCAAAAGGAGGACGUCCACCACUCCAUGAUUACCGAGUUGUUCAACGGCACGCCCGAGUCCCGGCGACGCCUGGCCCUGUACUGUCUCAAGGAUGCUUACCUUCCCUUACGUCUGAUGCAGAAAUUGUCGUGCUUGGAGAACUACACCGAGAUGGCAAGAGUCACUGGUGUCCCCUUCAACUUCCUGCUAUCCCGUGGGCAGCAGAUCAAGUUUGUUAGUCAGCUGUUCCGAAAGGCCCUCGAGCAGAAGCUUGUCGUGCCUAAUCUGACGCCCAAGGGCGCCGACGACUACGAAGGCGCCACCGUCAUCGAGCCCGUCAGGUCCUACUACAAACUACCUAUUGCAACCCUCGAUUUCGCCUCCCUGUAUCCCAGCAUCAUGCAGGCGCACAACCUCUGCUACACAACGCUCGUGACGCAAGACACGAUUGACCAGUUCAAGCUGAAGAAGGAUGAGGACUACAUCAUUACCCCGAACGAGGAUAUGUUUGUCACUGCUAAAGUUAGAAAGGGUGUUUUGGCCCAAAUCUUGGAAGAGCUUCUUGGCGCGCGAAAGCAGGCCAAGAGGGAGCUCGCCAUGGAGACGGAUCCUUUCAAGAAGGCCGUGCUUAACGGUAGACAGCUUGCCUUGAAGAUCAGCGCCAACUCGGUGUAUGGUCUGACAGGCGCCACGACCGGAAAGCUUCCCUGCCUCGCCAUCGCACGGAGCACGACAGCCUUUGGCCGUAAAAUGAUUGAGAAGACUAAGAACGAGGUCGAGAGCCACUUCACCAUCGCCAAUGGCUACGAACACGACGCUCAGGUCGUGUACGGCGAUACGGAUUCCGUCAUGGUCAAAUUCGGCACCGCGGACCUCGCCGCGGCUAUGAAGCUUGGCGAGGAGGCGUCUCAGAUCGUCACGGCCAAGUUUGCUAAGCCCAUCAAGCUCGAGUUCGAAAAGGUUUACUUUCCGUACCUGCUCAUCAACAAGAAGCGCUACGCCGGCCUGUACUGGACCAGGCCUGACAAGCACGACAAGAUGGAUACCAAGGGUAUUGAAACGGUCCGCCGAGACAACUGCACACUAGUGCAGACGGUCAUUGAAAAGGUUCUCAAGAUGAUCCUGAUUGACCAAGACGAGCAAGGUGCUGAAGAAACCUCGGCUAACCUUAAUAUCUCUACGCAAAGUUAUGUCAAGGGCACCAUUGCCGAUCUGCUGCAGAACAAGAUAGACAUGUCGAAACUAGUCAUCACCAAGGCUCUCACCAAAGAAGACUACUCGGCAAAGCAGGCCCAUACCGAGUUGGCAAAGCGGAUGAAGGAGCGCGAUCCUGGUUCAGCCCCAGGUCUGGGUGAUCGAGUCGCCUACGUCAUGGUUAGGCACAACGUGCCCAUUGACACCAAGUACUAUCUGGACAACCAGCUAGCCAAGCCCUUGGGACGUAUCUUCGAGCCCAUUCUCGGUGCAAACAAGGCGCGAUCGCUACUGACGGGCGAUCACACGCGUGUCGUGUCGGUGGCGGCGCCGACGGUGGGCGGCCUGAUGAAGUUUGCCAAAAGACCCAGACGUCUUUACAAGAAGACGCUUGACAAGGUGUCGGACCUCGAGCUCAAGGAUUGCCCCAUCUUCUACAUGCGAAUGAGGGCGAAAAAGGACCUCGAAGAUGCUGGCAAGGAUCUGACCAGGUUCGACUGCGACAAGGCGGCGAAUUGGUAA